AUGCGGCAAAUUUGGCGCGAUCCAAUGCGUGUAUUUUUAUUGUUGUUAUCCUUUCCCUUUUGUCUGCACCACUACGCUUCUUGCACGAGCAGCACGGUCUUUACUGCAAUUUCACUCCUUUGUUAUAGUUUGUUAUUCCUUCCUUUAUUGAGGGAAGUGGGAUUGACCAACCACUACCUCUCGCGCGUAGGAGGAGGAAAACAACAGGUUAACAAUGAGGGGAAAACAAGUGGAGGGGAUCAUGACUACGGGAAAGGAAAGAGAACAGGAUAUUAA